AACGGGCCUAAAUGUCAGGCCCAUUAUUAAACCGGUUUAAUUAUUCUUUCCCGGUUCAAUUUCGGUUUUAACUAACUACUAGGUUUAUGUAAGCACGGAGAAGGAACCUCAACGCCGAGCUCCCACUUUGUUGUCGUCGACGUGAGGGAACUAAUCACACAUCGACGUUUUCAUCUUAGGCUUUGUACCAAUAAAAGGGGUUAGUUUUCAUUCACUGCGAUGGUAGAUAAAGCUCAAGUCAUCAGCCUCUGUCGCUCCCUGCUUCGAGCGGGGCGUCAGUACCCUGACUACAACAUCAGGGAGUACGCUAAGAGAAGGACCUUGGAUGGGUUCCGCAUGAACAAGAAUCUCACCGACCAUUCUAAGGUGGAGGAGGCUUAUGCUGAAGGCAAGAAGCAGCUGGAGGUUGUGGAGAGGGUGGUCAAGGUUUACUUGGCGUAUCCUCCCAAGACCAAGAACAUCAUGGAACUCAAGCUUCAGUAGUGGAUAUGUAUGUUUGUCACUUUUAAUACACUCCAAAGCUAUUUGUUAUUGUUAUUGGUCAUGUUUCUUAGUUCUUUUCCCAACUAUGAGACAUUGCUUUGUGUGAUUCUCAUGUAAUAUUUGUGUCUUGAUGGCUUCAGACCCUUUAUUGAGUGAAGAGAGGAUCAGAGAAUAAUUUUGUAUUAGAGCUGAGAUAAAAAGAGUCUUUGUGUUAAUUCUU